CAGUUCUUGGAGUUUAAAGAUGCAUUUGAAAUAUUUGACAGGGACGGGGACGGCACUAUUGACACAAAAGAGUUGAGCACUGUUCUAAGGUCCAUGGGCUACAACCCUACAGAUUAUGAACUAAAGGAGAUGAGAGAGGAAGCGGAUAUAGAUAAAAGUGGAACUAUUGAGUUUGCAGAGUUUAUUAUCAUGAUGGCAAGACGUAUCAAGGAUGUUCCUUCGGAUGAGGAGUUAAGGGAUGCUUUUGCAGUUUUUGACAAAGAUAGGAAUGGCUAUGUAUCAGCAAAAGAAAUAAAAAAGGUUUUAACUUUUCUGGGUGUGGAUAUCAGUUUAGAGGAAGUUGAGGAAAUGGUGGAAGAAGCGGAUGUAAACAAUGACGGACAGGUGGACUUUUCAGAAUUUCGAGUAAUGAUGACGGCACAGUAAAUAUAACAUUGUGAUAGUAAAAUGUUAGUUACUCAAUAAAAUAGAUAAUUUAGAGAUUUGGAGCAAAAUGUCAAAUCUUCAAGUUUAUAUUUACA